AUGAAUAUGUGUCUAUUUAUUCAUAGAGAAAAUGAAACUAAUAAACUUAAAUUACAAAAAAUCCAAGUAAAACUUGAACAAAUAGAAGCUAAAGAACAAGAAACAUUAAAUAAAUUAAAAGAAUCUCUUGCCAUAACUGAACAAGAUAAAUUUGAAAGAGUAGAAGCUAUUGUUGAACGUGAUCAAAUUAAAAUUGAACUUGUUGAAAUUCAAAAGAGACUAAAAAAAUUCCUAGAUGAGAUAAAUGACAAGGUUAUUAAUGAAAAACAAAAUAUUGAAGUCAUAUAUCAAGAUCGAUUAAAAGAAAAUACUGAAAAAAUAAGACAAAUCGAAGAACAAUGUACACAAUAUGAAUUAACCAUUGAUAGAUUAACUCGAGAAAAAAUAUCGUUAGCAACCGACAUAGAUGUAUGGAAGGAACGUUUUCAACAACAAGAAAUUGAUUUAAGUCAGACGACAGAUUCUAUUAAACAUACAAUUCAAAAAUCAAUAAGUGAACGUGAUCAAGCUAAUAGUAAUACCAUACAAAUUCGAUCAGAUUUUGAGAAAUUACUGUUACAAAGUAACCAGGAUUUACUUCAACUUCGUUAUCAACUUAGUUCAACACAAAAUCGUCUUAAUGACACUGAAAGUGAAUUGCUUCAAUCCAAGAAACAAUGUCUCGAUUUAACAAAAGAAAUAAAUCGUUUAACACAAGAAAACAUUAUGUUAAAAAGUAUUAAACAAAGUCUUGAACGAUCACGUGAAGAAAAUAUGAAUGCAAUUCUUGUUAUAUUAAAUAAACAUGAACAAGAUUAUCGAACAAUAAUUGAAAAUCUUGAACUAGAACGGCAUCAAUCAUUAUCUUAUCUUGAAAAUCUUGUUCAUGAUCAAAAUACAAUACUAAAUAAAUUACAAGUAACAAUUGAAAACCAAGAAUUACAUAUAAAAUUAUUAAAUGCAUAUGAACAUCUUGAACAAUUCGAUAGCCAAUUAUUACAACAUUAUCAUACACAUAUUAAAUUACAGAAACAAAUUAUUGAUUUAAAUAAUCAAGUUAAAACUUAUAAAAAUAUUAUUAAUAAAAUUUAA